AUGGAUCGGAGUUGGAUGUAUAAAAAACGCAAUACACUUGAAUAUGUUCAUGGGGUUCAAGAGUUUGUUAAAAUUGCCGAGGAAUAUGCAAGUAAAAUUGGUGAAAAUUAUAUAGUGUGUCCUUGUUAUGAUUGUAGAAAUCUAAAAAAGUUUCAUAGUUCUGAACAAAUUAAGGAACAUUUGAUACGUCGUGGUUUUAAGAUAGGAUAUGACCGGUGGAUAUGGCAUGGUGAAACUGUCCUUACUAGUAACAGUACAAAUCAAAGAGAAUGUAGAAAAAAUCAAGAGAAAGAUCAAAGUAAUGAAGAUAAUGUUAGAAAUGAUGGAGACAAUGAUCGGCUAGAUGAAUUGAUGCGGGAUAUGCAAGGGGAUUUGAAUCAAAUGCCUCAAGAGUGGAGUGAUAAGAGUUUCACGGAGUUAUUAGAGCUUUUAAAGGGCAUGCUUCCAAAUGAGAAUGAACUUCCUAGUUCAACUUAUGAGGCAAAGAAAAUGUUAUGUCCGUUGAGUAUGGAGAUUGAAAGGAUCCAUGCAUGUCCAAACGACUGUAUUUUGUAUUGGAAUCAAAACAAAGACUUGCAUGUGUGUCCAAAGUGUGGAGCAUCGCGUUAUAAACGAAAAGGGCUCGAUGAUGCAUGUGAGCAGAAUAAAGGUCCUCCAGCGAAGUUGUUGUGGUAUCUACCGGUGAUUCCAAGAUUCAAAUGUUUGUUUGCAAAUGCAAAGGAUGCGAAGAAUUUGCAAUGGCAUGCUAGUGGGAGAAAAGAAGAUGGAAAGUUGAGACAUCCUGCCGAUUCUCCUCAGUGGAAGAACAUUAAUAAGAAGUUUCCUGAUUUCGGUGCUGAAAAUCGAAAUCUUAGGCUUGGACUAUGCACGGAUGGAAUGAACCCUCAUGGUAACAUGAGCAGUCGCCAUAGCACUUGGCCAGUUCUCUUAACAGUUUACAAUCUCCCUCCGUGGUUGUGUAUGAAGCGCAAGUACAUCAUGUUAUCAUUGCUAAUAUCUGGUCCUAAACAACCAGGAAACGACAUAGAUGUGUACUUGGCACCGCUUAUUGAAGAUUUAAAGAUGUUGUGUAAUGUAGGUGUGACAGUAUUUGAUGCUCAUAGUCAAACCAACUUCACUUUACGAGCCAUGCUGUUCUGCACAAUCAAUGACUUCCCAGCAUAUGGUAACUUGUCAGGGUAUACUACUAAAGGGGCUAAGGCAUGCCCUGUUUGUGAAGAUGAAACGGUUGAUCUUUGGUUGAACAACAGUAGGAAAAAUGUGUUCAUGAGUCAUCGAACCUUUUUACCUAUUGACCAUCCUUAUCGAAAGAGGAAAAAAGCUUUCAAUGGAAAAUCUGAGACUGGAGUUGCUCGCUUACCAUUAUCAGGGGAUGUUGUUUAUGAUCGAGUGAAAAACAUUGAUAAUGUGUGGGGAAAAACUUCAAAAACAAGUCAAAAGGGUAUUUGGAAAAAGAGGUCUAUAUUAUGGGAUUUACCAUAUUGGGAGCACUUAUCUGUUCGACAUUGUCUUGAUGUAAUGCAUGUGGAGAAAAAUAUUUGUGAUAGCAUUAUCGGGACAUUGUUGAAUAUUCAAGGUAAGACGAAAGAUGGUAUUAAAGCUAGAAAAGAUAUGGUAGAAUUGGGGAUAAGGACUCAAUUAGCAGCACAGGAAUCUGGAAAGAGGGCAUACUUACCUCCAGCUUGUUAUACUCUGUCUAAAAAGGAAAAAACAAGUUUUUGUAGCUGUCUAAAUGGUGUCAAGGUUCCUUCUGGCUAUUCAUCUAACAUUAAAAAGCUUGUUUCAAUGAAGGACCUUAAAUUGGUUGGUAUGAAAUCACAUGAUUGCCAUGUGCUAAUGCAACAUAUGUUACCUAUUGCUAUUAGAGGCAUAUUACCUAACCAUGUUAGACAAGCAAUUACAAAGCUUUGCUACUUUUUCAAUGUCAUUAGUAGUAAAGUUGUUGAUCCUGAGGUGUUGGAUUCUUUGCAAGCUGAUGUGGUAGUAACUUUAUGCCAGUUUGAAAUGUAUUUCCCUCCAUCAUUUUUUGAUGUUAUGGUGCAUUUAACAGUUCACUUGGUGUGGGAAAUUAAAAUGUGUGGUCCUGUAUUCUUGAGGUAUAUGUAUCCAUUUGAGAGAUACAUGGGAAUUUUGAAAGGAUAUGUGAGAAAUCGAUAUCGGCCAGAGGGGAGUAUAAUUGAAGCUUAUGGCGCUGAAGAAGUGAUUGAUUUCUGUACUGAUUAUUUGGCUAAUGUUCAGUCCAUUGGUGUUUCUAAAUCACGUCAUGAGGGAAGACUCACAGGAAAAGGUACCAUUGGGUUUAAAACACAUGUCCCAAGUCAAAUAAUCCGAAAUCAAGCACAUCAUCUCGUACUGCAGCAGCUUUCUGAGGUUCAUCCAUAUUUGGAACAACACUUGUCUAUUAUAAGGCAACAAAAUCCUUCUAAAGGUGAAAUGAGGGUGACAAAAGAACACAAUUCUACAUUUAUCACAUGGUUCAAAGAUACAGUGAUGCAAGAGUUAUCUCAAGUGCCAAAUAAUAUCACUGAAACCAUUAGAUGGUUAUCGUAUGGCCCUAGAUUUGUUGUGAGCACUUAUGAGGGAUAUGAUAUUAAUGGGUAUACGUUUUACACAAAAUGUCAAGAUCAAAAAAGUAUAGUGCAAAAUAGUGGAGUGACAUUAGUAGCACAAUCAAGAGAGUAUUCUAGUGCUAAAGAUACUAACCCGGUAGAUGCUACUAUGUCAUACUAUGGAGUCAUUGAUGAAAUCUGGGAACUUGAUUAUAAGGUGUUUAGGAUUCCUCUAUUCCGAUGUUCUUGGGUUGAUAACAGGCGGGGUGUCCGUGUAGAUGAUUUGGAUUUUACCUUAGUUGAUUUUGGUCGGCUAGGAUAUCAUGAUGAACCGUUUAUACUUGCAUCUCAAGCUAAACAAGUCUUCUAUGUUUCUGAUCCUAUUGAUAGUAAGUGGUCAAUUGUCUUACAAGGCAAAAGAAGUAUUGUUGGUGUUGGUGAUGUUGUUGAUGAAGAGGAAUAUGACCAAUUUGAUGAAACCCCACCAUUUUCUAUUGGUAUUCAACAUGUGACUUUAUGUGAAGAUAACAUUGAUACUAAUUACAUGCGUACUGAUCAUGAAGAAGGGUUGUGGAUUGAUCAUCCGACAGUAUAUAUAUACAUGGCUGACGAUCACACAGAUCCGGUGGUGGAGGAAUCUUCAAAGGGAACAGAGAGCAAAGUGCGUAAAGCAAGAGGAGCUACAACUUGCAGUAAAAUGACAAAGAAGAGACCAGAGGAUGAGUCUAAGGCAAUUGAGUUUGAUGAGAAGAAUAGGCCUCUUGGGCCAAAUGCAAGGAAGUACUCAAAUUACCUUGGCCUUAUGGUUCGUAUUCACAUAGACAUAAACAUUCCGCACUGGCGUCUUGUUCCAACUGCGGUUAAAGAUGCAGUCUGGGAUGAACUUAAGAAAGAGUUUAAUAUCCCUGAGUCGAGAAGAAGUCAUAUUUUGGUCCAUGCACGGCUACGUUGGAAAGAUUUCAAAACAAGAUUGGUCCGUGACUUCAUCAACAAACAGAACGAAAAAUAUAGCUCUCCCUGUGAGUUAUAUAAGUUCAUGGAUGAGAAAAAAUGGGAGCAAUUUGUAACCACGCAUGAAACUGAAGCUGCCAAGGUACAGUACAUAAUUUAA